CCAGGAAAUUUCCGUUGAAACCUUCAAUAUUCUUAUGUGGAAGCUAAUAAAUAUGAACAAAGCAAAUCAAAACAUCCGGGUACAUCUUAAUGUGAUUUUUCAUUUUUAUAACCAUGAAAAAAUUAAGUCGAUUUCUCAUCUUUCUAUUCUUCAGUCUUCCACUCUCCUCUGUCGAAACUCAAAACAAUGGGCUCAGGGAUGGCAAAGCCAUUUUCCAUGUUGGGGUGAUCCUGGAUUUGACUUCCACUGUCGGGAAUGUCACCGAAACAUGCAUUUCUAUAGCAGUUUCGAAUUUCUACAAAAUUCAUCCUAACCAGAAUACGAGGGUAGUUACUCAUAUACGUGAUUCCAAAGGUGAUCCUAUUACUGCGACCACUGCAGCCUUAGAUUUGAUAAACACUGUCGGGGUGAAAGCAAUCAUAGGCCUAGAAUCAUCGGUAGGAGCAGAAUUUGUUGCAUAUAUUGGUAGCAAAUCUCAUGUACCAAUCCUCUCCUUCUCGCCAACUCAUUCAUCCAUUUCUCCGACUCAAGUUCCUUACCUUAUUAGAGUUGCCCAGAAUGACUCAUCACAAGUAAAGGCUAUUGCAGCCAUCAUUCAAGCAUACAAGUUGAAGGAAUUAUCUAUAAUUCAUGAUGAUAGCCAACUUGGGUCUGCUCUAGUACCAUCCCUUACCGUUGCUCUUUUUGAUGUUGGUGCUCAUGUAUGUAAUACGACCAUCCUACCGAGCGUGGCAAAUGCCACGAUAAUCAACGAUAGCUUGCUCAAGUUAAAAAGCAUGAGAUCCAAGGUCUUCAUUGUGCACAUGUCACCCACUUUAGGUGCCACUUUCUUUUUAAAUGUUCAAAAGCAGGGAAGGAUGGAUAACGGGUAUGUGUGGAUUAUCACCACUGCCAUUGCUGAUGUUCUGUCCUUCAUGAACCCUUCUGUUUUACGCUCGAUGAAUGGUGUUGUCGGUGUCAAAACUCAUGUGCCAGAAUCCAAGUCCCUUGGAAAGUUCAGUAUUCAAUUCCAAAAGCGUUUUAAGCAGGAUCAUCCAAAAUUAUAUAUAUCACAACCCAACAUACAUGCACUGUGGGCAUAUGAUCUAAUGUUUCUUAUGGCAAUGGUAGCUAACAAAGUUCAGCCGCAUUUUAACGAUAAAAACUCUUCAUCACCACCGGCAAAUAAGCAAGGAAAUCGAAAUGUGCCUGAUCUGUUUGACAAUGGUGUCUCUCCUAUGGGUUUAAAAUUCUUACAAACAAUUCAAGCGGCAAAUUUCGUGGGGCUCAGUGGUGAGAUUCAAUUCAUAGACGGGCAAUUAAAUUCUAAUACUUACAGAAUUGUUAACGUGCUUAACAAAAGAGAUCGAACGAUAGGGUAUUGGACACCAGGGGUUGGCUUUUCGAAAGACCUUAAUAAAAAUAACAUGCAAAAAAACUAUUCAACAGAUGAUUAUGACCUUGCCAGUGUAACAUGGCCAGGAGGAUCCAAAGAAACUCCAAAAGCUAUGACCCUGACUAUUGGAGUCCCUUAUAAAACUGGUUUUGGUGAGUUCAUGAAUGCUAGCCGUGAUAACACCACUAACUCGUGGAGCGUGACUGGCUUUUCAAAAGAGGUGUUUGAAAACGUGAUGCAGGGAUUGCCAUAUGAAUUCAAUUAUGUCCCAUAUGAGACAAAUGGAGUUUCAGCAGGAGAUUACAAUGACCUAACUUAUUGUGUCUACACAAAGCAAUUUGAUGCCGUCGUGGGAGAUGUGACUAUUAUUGCUAGUAGAUCAAAAUAUGUGGAUUUUAGUCAGCCGUACACAGAUUCUGGAGUUCGCAUGAUUAUACAAAGAACCGACGAAAAAUUUACCAACGGUCGCUGGUGGUUUCUAUGGCCUUGGACAUUGGAUCUUUGGUUUACAACCAUCGCAUUCUUCCUGUCGACUGGGUUUUUUGUUUGGAUGUUAAAGACUCAAUGUGCGAUUUCAGAAGAAAAACUUGAAAGUAACUACUCCAGAUUCAUUGUGAGCCUGUGGAGCUUUGCGGUGUACAUUCUAAUGGGAUGCUUUAUAGCAAAUCUAACAUCUAUGUUAACGGCCAACAAUCUUCAAAUAGGAACAAUUACUGGAUCGGUUGGGUACCAAAAUGGAUCAUUUGUACCGGGUCUCUUGAAAGAUUUAGGAUAUCAACCAUCAAAGCUCGUUGAACUCUCUACAAUAGAGGAGUAUGCCGACGCUCUAAGAAACAGAAGGGUUUCUGCAAUCUACGAUGAGAUACCUUAUAUUAAAGUCUUCCUUGAACAUUACUGCGAUGAGUUCACAGUUACUGGACCUACAUAUCCAGCUGGCGGUUUCGGCUUUGUGUUUCCACUUGACUCUCCACUGGUAUCCUAUGUUUCUCAUAAAGUGUUGGAGUUUGCAGAGGCAAAUAAGACGAAAGGUGUUGUAAGAAAAUGGUUUGGUAGCGACUCAUGUUAUCAUACUUCCCAGAAGAAUAAUACAUCGAGCCAGCAGCUUCGUCUUUAUAGCUUCAGAAGUGUCUUCAUCACUGUGGGGAUUGCAUCAGCCCUAACUCUCUGCAUGUUUUUUGCUUCUGAUUUGGUGUAUAAGAGUGCCAAAAAAAAUGGCAGUCUAUCUGAAAACCCCACGGGGAGAACAAGAGUCGCGAUAGACCAAAUUCAUGAACAAGAGUCAUAUGCGUCGUAACCAAUGCCUUGUUUUUAUGCCGUAUUUUGUUGUAUAUAGUACUUAACAAUUAAGUAAUAUAAGUGCAAAUAAUCUGUAUUUCAGUAUAUUAAAGUAGCGUGCUCGUUGUAAUACAGGGAAAAGCACGAAUUUGUUAGAUGGAUUUCAUUGAAUAUCAUUAAUUAUUUGUAAUUGGGA